AUGCCCGGGUUCGCAGACUCCUUCUGGACCCCAGACUACGCCACAGGUCUCGGGGUCCUGUAUGGAAAGCUUCAGCAGGGAGUCGUAGAAAACAAGCAGAUACUUACGAUUGCGUCAAUGCGUGCCGAUGCCGAGGAAUUGUAUAGUCAGAAGCUUGGGGAUAUUGCGCCAAGUGUGGAUAGAAUGAUAACAGGAUUUUCGAAAGAUGACGGAGCGAGUGUGAGGAAGGCGUAUGAGGGAACCCGAACCGAGAUGGUUGAAGCGGCCAGGAAUCACCAGAAGAUUGCCUCGAACAUUCGGGAAUUGGUCGUUUCGCCGUUUAGACGCUGGUGCGAUCAACAUGAGGCUCGGAUUGAGAAUUCGCACGAUGACCUUCAAUCUCGGAUUAAAGAGCACACCAAGCAGGUUGAUCUGGUAAAGAAGUUGCGGAGCCACUAUUUCAACAAAUGCCGUGUGCUCGAGGAUCUGGAAGAAGAGAACAAGCUCGCUUUUCAGGCGCCAGAGACCAGUCCGAAACCCAAAGCAGCGCCCAAGAUCAUCCUCCCAGACACGGAACCCGAAGAAGACGAGCCGGUAGAGCUUGGUGACAAACUUUAUUCACCAGAUGAUUUGAAGAAGCUCUUAGUGCACAUGAUGGAGACCGUCAGUAUGGGUGAGAUUAAGGUACCUAUUAUUGGCACGUACCAAAACACAUCGACUGGCGCAGACAUCGUGGAAUAUACUCAAAAGUACUUGAACGCGACUAGCCUCAGCUAUGCUGAAAGAAUCGGGCAGGAUCUUGUCGACACCGGGUUCCUUCGGUUAGUGGGAAAUAUGGGCAGCACCUUUGCCAACAGCUCCAAGUUGCGUUACCAAUGGCGCCCCAAGAGUUUCCAAAUCUCUGGUAUUCCGGAGAAAAGGGGUGCUCUGAAUCGUGUGACCUCCGUCGCAACUAGCGAAGAUGGCAUCGAUUCCCCUAUUGCGUCAGUUUCCGAGAUGCUGUCAGGCUGGAACCCUCUGAAUAACCCACACCCGAACGAGACGCCGGCGGAGAAACUACGUAGAGAAUCUCGCGAGGCUGAUGAGCGCUACAAGGCCGCUGUGCGCAAACUUGACCUCAUCCGAUGCAAACUUGAGGAGGAAAUUGUUGCGAACCUCAGAUUCAUGGAGCAGUGCGAGCUGGACCGUCUCAAGGCCAUCAAGGCAGUGGUCCUUGACUUUUCUGGAGCUGUCAGCAAUGUUAUUCCUAACUUGCAGAGCACCGUGGACCACAUGAUGCUGUACCAAGAGACCAUUCAACCCCUGGGAGAUCUGCGGUACCUUCUCGAGAACUACAGAACUGGUGGUUUCGUACCCAAGGUACAAGCCUACGAAAAUUAUUAUGGCUCCGUCGAAGACCAGAUCUUCGGUGUCGAUCUUGAGGCUAGGGCAAGAGCGGACCGUAAAAGGGUGCCAAUCAUUGUCACGACGCUCUUAACUUACCUUGAUAACUGCUACCCUGAACUUGAGGGCGACGAAUCGCGGCGUGCAAUUUGGCUUUAUGAUGUUCCGUUGGGAGCGACACACCACCUCCGCCACGCCUUGAACAACAGAAAGGGUGAUUACUUUGAAGUACUUCAGAAGUAUGAGAUUCCUGUUGUUGCAAGCACGCUCAAAUUAUACCUUCUCGAAUUGCCAGUUUAUGAAAUUAUUAAGACCAUUUAUUCCACGACUGCAAACGAGACCACCGAAGAAGGACGCAUCAAGGUCCUUCAAAGCACUCUUGGCCAACUCCGUCUCAACAAUAUUGCCACGCUUGAUGCUAUUAUGACCCACUUUACGCGUUUGAUAGACUUGACAUCCGCCGAUGAAACCUAUGUUUCUGGCCUUGCCCAAUCGCUAUCCCCUUGCGUCCUUCGCCCCCGUAGCGAGAGCAGUCUGACAAUGGACGAGCGCCACAGCUACCGCCUAAUCCGCGAUCUCUUUGCCCACAAGGACACGAUUUUUGGCGAACUGAAACGCCAGUCGAGCGGUCUCGUUGGGACAGCUGCACCCCGUCCUCGCGCGAUCAGUACAGAUGAGAGCAAUCGCCGAGCCGCCAUGGAAGCCCGAAACCGGGCCAUCAUGGACCGUAGCCGUGCCCACAGCCCAGCUCCUCCUCGCAAGCACCGACGUGAUCGUUCCAGCGGACCAGAAGGAACCCGCUUCCCGAUCAACGUCUCCGGGGAGAGGAAAACCACAACAGCCCGAAACAGCUUAGACGUUCCUAGUGGUGAAUCCCCCACUGGCGCAGACGAGCUCUCGAACGUGAACAUCCACGCCACAGAAACCACCGCAAAUGGCACCCCCACCACCGAUUCCCCGAUCUCCACGGAUCCAAGCCAUUCCCCGGACACGGCCACCAGUCCGCCACCUGAAAGCCGAUCUGAUGGCUCCCCAACGCCGACGCCUACUCCUCUCACGGAGGAAUCCAACUCGAACCGUGGCUCUGUGUCACGUUCUAGCGGUAUCUAUUCCCGUAAACCGGGUCUCGGAAGCCGCUCUAGCUUCCCUACUAUCUCUGGCGAGUCCGGAUCAGACAGCAAGCGGAGCAGUAUCGUUGAGAGCGAACCGAAGGGCGUCACGCUAGAGGAUAAGCCAAUGGACGACUGA